AUGUCGACUUCUCAACCAGUUUCAUUAUUCUUCUCCAUUUUCCUGGUGCUACUAUCAACUUCACAUGGAUUCAACAUCACCGAGAUCCUUCAGCCGAUCCCCUAUUUCGGCAUUUUCAAUUCCCGUUUGAGUGGUACAGGGUUAGCGGAGGAAAUCAACGACAUGAUAUCCGUGACGGUGCUUGUGGUUGCCGACGAUAAGUUGCGGUCCUUCAAUUACUUAGCGGAGAAUGAUGUGAAGGAAAUCUUAAGCUUCCAUGUGGUGUACGGUUACUAUGAUCUAAUGAGGCUGAAAGCGUUGACGACCAGGACAACCCUCCCCACGGUUUACCAAGGAUCUACCUUGACUGUCAACUACGAUGGGAAUGGUACGGUUACCUUUAGAGCUGCCGAUUCAGGUCCCGAAAUGGAUGUCAAGUUGCUCGGCAAUGUCCAUGCUCAACCCCAUAGCAUUUCGGUUUUACAGAUUGCUAGUACCAUAAGGCUUGGCGGACCGCCUUCUGCUCUGACGCAGUAA